AUGGAUGAACGUGGAGCACCAGAACCAUCCAGAAAAAGCCUUCCACAGGUCAUACCCCCCAGUCGUGUGCUCAAUCGUUGCCUACCUAAAGCAGCUGGAAAAGAAAAAGGGUAUUAUACCAUUCCAUGGGAAGCUUCACACAAUGACAGAGAAGACGCUCGAGGGCUGGUGUUUAUUCAAGAACCACCAACCAUUGUCAAAUUCAUGAACACAGACGGAACUUCGGUACCAUGCUUAGUAAGAGGAAGCUCUUUACCAAUAAUUAGAUGGAUAUAUCAAGACGGAAGUGACGUGAAAGAUAUUCCUGGUUUACGUCACAUCCGAACUGAUGGAACUCUUGUGUUCACACCUUUCAAGCAAGAAGAAUAUCGGCAUGAUGUCCACAGUUCAGUAUACAGGUGUCUUGUCUCUAACAGUGUCGGGAAAAUUCUAAGCAGAGAAGUUCACGUGCACGGAGGUUGUUGUACUGGACAAGUAGUGACCACAGUUGUUGUCUGUGAGAGAUCUUCUUCAGAGGGGCAGUACACAGUCCUACCAACGGGAGAGCUGUACGUUCGUGACGUAGUCCAAAGUGACACUUUCAGAAGUUAUCGAUGCAAGACGAAACACAAGUUGACUGGUGAACGAGUUACCUCUGAAACAGCUGGAAAAAUAAUUGUAACAGAGCCUCACGGACAAGACCCCCUACGUAUCACCCACUUCGUUCCCAGGAUUAAGUCACAAGAAGGUGAUGUCGUUCAAUUAUCUUGUGCAGCUCAGGCACGCUCUAAACCAACAUACACUUGGAACAAGCUGGAAGGUGGCGUUCUUCAUGGUCUUGACAGAAGAAGUGACGUAUCUAUUCGCGAUGGAAUACUAACCAUUACGCAUGCUCAAAUAUUGCACAGUGGAAAGUACGUGUGUUAUGUUAACAACAGCUUUAGCGAAGACAAAAGAACUACAGAGCUCGUAGUUACAGCAACACUUCGAGCCUCCAUAUUUCCUUCAUUUCAAGAAGUGGACAUCGAAGCUUCUGCAACAUUAACUUGUGAUACGUCAGGAUAUCCAAUAAAAUCACUUGUGUGGCUAAAAAACGCUGAGCCAGUCCAAGCGGAUAGCAGAGUUCGAAUUCUUCAAAAUAACCGGCUUCUUAUUUCUUCAGUUGCCAGGCAUGAUGCAGGAAUGUACCAGUGUUUUGUUUAUAACGAAGUGGAAUCAGCCCAAGGACUGGCCCAGGUUGUUAUUGCAGAUAAUCCUCCCGUCUUUCUCGAAAAGUUUGAAACACAUACUACUAUCCCAGGGCAACAAACGUCGCUGAAGUGUGUGGCUUCCGGAAGUCCACUACCACAGGUCACCUGGACUCUGGACGGUUUACCAAUUCCCGAAAACCUCGGCUUCCGUCUUGGAGACUACGUCACUCGACAUAACACCGUAGUCAGUUACAUGAAUAUCUCAGAAACUAGGGUUCAACAUGGUGGAAACUACGAAUGUCGGGCUAGCAAUGCAGCUGGACUAGUGCGUCACAGUGGACGCUUGACAGUUCCAGGACCUCCCUUCAUCCGUCCUAUGAAGAACUUGACCGUUGUUGCUGGAGAGAAGCUACUUCUGACAUGUCCAGUUGGUGGUUACCCGAUCAAUGCUAUCACUUGGGAAAGAGAUGGCGUAAGACUACCAGACCAUCGUCGUCAGACCGUCUACUCGAACGGAACUCUCGUAAUCGAAGCAAUGACACGUCCUGGUGACGAGGGUUUGUACACCUGCAGAGCUAGUAAUAAAGAAGGAAAUACUGCAGAAGGCAGUGUAGCUAUUUUCAUACGCAUCAAGCCACAAAUAGAGCCAUUUCAUUUCCCCCAAUCCGUCCACAUCAACCAGCGGCUGAGCAUCUCCUGCACUGUAAUUAAAGGUGAUCCGCCAAUUAAAAUGAAAUGGUUGAAAAACGGGCAUCUGCUGAUGGAAUCCGAAGACCUGAAAGUGCACGUCCUAGCGGACUAUUCUUCUACUAUCUUGUUCAAAUCUGUGAAGCCUAACCACAGAGGACUGUACACGUGCACAGCCACCAAUCAUGCUGGCACUGACAAACACAGCUCCACGAUGAUAAUUCACGUGCCACCCCGCUGGAAAACAGAACCCAGUGACACAAGGAUCGUGAAGGGAGGGAGUUCCAUCAUAAACUGUCGAGCUGAAGGAUUUCCACUACCCAGAGUAACCUGGCUUAAAGCAGCUGGGGAUUCUCCCGGCAAUUACCAGCCAGUAGCCAGCACUUCUCGUCUUCAUGUCGUAGAAAAUGGCUCCUUAGUGGUUCUGGAUGCUCGAAAAGAAGAUGGUGGAUAUUAUUUGUGCCAGGCCUCAAAUGGAAUAGGAAGUGAUCUUAGUAAAGUAAUCCAUCUCUCCGUACAUGUUGCUGCUCAUUUCCGGGAGUCUUUCCAAGCUUUGCAAAAAAAGAAAGGCGAGGAAGCUACUCUGAGGUGUAAUGCAUAUGGUGAACGGCCAAUUAAAAUAUCGUGGCUCAAAGACAAACAGCCAAUUAGCUCUUUAAGAGAUCCAAGGUAUGACUUCUUAGAAACUGUAACGUCCGAUGGAGUCACAGGUCAACUCAUUAUUCGCAACACUGACAGAAGAGAUUCGGCUCUGUUCACCUGUAAGGCAUCAAACAUAUACGGCCAAGAUGAAACUAACAUUCAGUUGCUGGUUCAAGAACCUCCUGACACUCCUCAGGAUGUCAGAGUUCAAGAUUUCACCAGCAGAACGGUGUCUCUAACCUGGUCGCCAUCGUAUAGUGGUAACAGUCGUAUCACUAAGUACAUCGUACGUUAUCAAUUGGCCACUGAUUCGAAAUUUGACUUAGCUGAGCCCUCUACAAAUAACAUAGACACCACACCAUCAGAAAUCACCGUUCCAGCCUCCGAGACUAAAGCCACGAUAACAAGCCUUCCUCCGGUAACAACUUUCUCCUUCCGAGUAAUAGCUGUGAACGACCUCGGUCACAGCGAUCCUAGCGGAGCUGUAGUCGCCACCACCAAACAAGAAGCACCCGGAGGUCCGCCUCGCGGUGUCAAGAUCCAAGCGUUGUCAUCUAGUCAAGUUAAAGUGACUUGGGAGCCUCCGAAGAAGCGACAAUGGCACGGAAUGAUCAAGGGAUAUUAUGUCGGUUACAAAAUAACCGAUUCUUUAGAGCAGUUUGUGUACAAGACUUUGGAGACAGGGGACGAUUUUAAAGGAGAAUGUGUCCUUACGGGCCUCCGUAGAUUUACCCGGUAUACUGUUAAAAUACAGGCUUUUAAUAGCGUUGGAACAGGGCCGUCAUCAGAUCACGUCAUUGUGAAAACGUUAAAAGAAGAUCCACCAAUGGCUAUAGAGCUUUCUGUUGCCCGGGUAACAUAUACGACUAUUGACGUAAUGUGGCGGCGGGAUCCAAUUGAAUCCAAUAUCAUUGGUGGAUAUCAGUUUUAUAUCAAAGCUGAAAAUGGAAAUUGGCAAGAAAAUACCGUUCAUGGAGAUCUUCAAGAUUAUACUUUUGUAAAUCUUCAAUGUGGAACUCGGUACGAAAUCUACGCUGUACCUUACAACGAUGCCGGUAGAGGGCAGGCUAGUCAAAUUGUUACUGCAAGGACAAACGGUAGAGACCCUAUAGCCCCACAAAAGCAACGUUUUCUAAAAAUAAACAUGACAUCAGUGACAAUGGAUCUUCAUGCCUGGGACAGUGUAGGCUGUGCGAUUGUUUCCAUUGACAUAAGAUACAAAGGACUUCACGAAAAGAACUGGCUCGAACAUAUGGGUCACGUGAAUCCUGACCUACAGAAAGUAACCAUCCCUGGAUUGUUGCCCAGUUCUUCUUACCAGUUGUUGAUUACUGCCCGCAACCCUGCAGGCUCUACUCAGGCGGAGUACACUUUUCGUACUUUAGUUAGAACAGGUGACAGCCAAAUAAGGACCAUGCAAGUCGACGAAAACAGCGUUCCCUUCUAUUUAGAGAUAGAAAUCAUCCUACCGGUCGUCCUGUCUGCUGUAGUAGUACUCGCUGUAUUAAUCCUUGUCUGUUUGAUCAUGCGCAAAAGACAGUCUUCAGAAAGCUCUUAUGGUGGUAGUUCCACAUACGGGUCCAGAAAAGUCCAACAACAACAACCCUCUCAGCAAGAGACAGUGCAGUUGUCCGAUCUGGAAAAACUCUCUACGAAACGUCAGAGCGAGCGAUUAGAAGCGGCUUAUUAUCCGUGUCCUUAUGCCACGACUCGUCUGUCUCACGAGGAUGAUCCAGGUCAAGAGUCUAUGCAGGACGAGCCACAAUACGCCACCGUGAAGAGAACCCCAAGGCCACCAAAACCAGAAUCCCACAUAUAUCAUUACCCAGUUCGUCCAUGUAAAGAGUACAUAGGAGAGGCUCACCACAGGGACCCUCUGGUGGUGAAAAUAGAAACUUCAGAAUCAGAUGGAACAGGAAGAAGAGGAUAAUGUUUGACGUCCCUCUAGUGACAGACAACAGAAGCUAGCUUAAUAUAUAACAUAUUGUACAUAAUUAUUGUUAUGGUCUGAUGCGAGAGUGUCGUUUUUACUGUUUCCAUGUUAUAUGUGUCCCAUAGGCUGUGUUGCUUAUAAAUAAAUCAUACAAUUCUAAAAGUAUCUUCCUUUUCUUGUUUGAGCUAAGCAGUCAUUUUUAUAACACUAACUACGUGUGAGUAUCUGUAUAUACUUGAGAUCAAAAUAAAUGCACUUAUUUAUUUCA